UGUAAUCCCCGGCGGAGUUUGCUGCCUGUCAUCAAAACCCGGAAAGAGAGAAUAAAGUUGGUGUCACGACUCUGACAGUUGUUACACUUCACUCGCGACUGUUUCUUCACGUUUGUUAGCGAAACCUCGACGUAACGCUCACAAACAGCGCGUCUCUCUGUGUGGAAACGUGUUGCUUUAAAUUAAGUCCAAAACGAAAGUUAAAAAAAGUGAGUAGGCCCCGCGGAGCCUCGGCUGAGAGGCGGACAACAUGGAGGACGAGGACAUGUCGCAGGAGCCUCUGCAGCAGGAGCUCAGCUGUCCCGUGUGUACGCGGUUCUUUGAGGACCCGUACCUGCUGCCCUGCAGCCACAGCUUCUGUAAGGACUGCCUCGACAAGACCUCGCAGCGCCACAGGAAGUGUCCCGUGUGCCGGGCGGUGUUCAACGAAGGAGACGCCGUCCCCAAUCGGGCGCUCAGCAACGCCAGCGAGGUUUACCGCAGACAGUUGGACUGGCGGCGGGGCUACGAGCGUCCGGGAGCGGACAUCUGCAGGAUCCACCUGAAGCCGCUGGAGCUGUUCUGUGAGAAGGACGAGGAGCCGGUGUGCGUGGACUGUGUCAUUCAGCACCAAACACACACGCUGUGGCCACUGAGGACGGCAACGUCGCUCUGUCAGAAGCAGCUCACUGACAAAGUUGAAAUUCUUGAAAGGAAGAAGGAAUCAUACAAGAAAAUGACACACAAACUCAGCAGCACAGUGGAAUACAUCAAGCAUCAAGCUCAGCAAGCAGAGAAUCAGAUUAAGGCGGAGUUUCAGAGGCUCCGCGAAUUGCUCAACAAAGAAGAACUUCUGCGUUUGAAAGCCGUGGAAACUGAGGGCGAGCAGAAGAUCGCUGUCGCUGAGAAGCUGAACGCCAGAACAAAGGCACACAUUGUGGCUCUGACUGAGCUCAUUGACAACGUGAAGAAGGAGCAGGGCAAUGAGGAGCUGACCUUCCUGCUGAAUUUCAAGAAUUUAAAAAACAAAGCUCAGUGGAUGCACGAAGACCCUCGACUCCCUGAAGACUCGCUUUUGAACAUGGCCAGCCAUGUUGGUUCUUUGAGCUUCAAAAUCUGGAAGGAUAUGCAAUCCCACGUCAAAUACUAUCCAGUGGUGCUGGACCCGAGCACAGCCUGUCCGUGGCUGUCGCUGAGUGAUGACCUGACCAGUAUGAAGGAGAGCUCAGAGCGGCUGACCAGCCCCGACAACCCGGAGCGCUUUGAUCCCUGUGUCUUUGUCCUGGGCGCCGAAGGUUACACCUCUGGAAAACUCAAAUGGGACGUUGCCGUUGGUGACAGCACCAAGUGGAUCGUGGGAGUCUGUAAAGAGUCCCUGGCUCGCAAAAAGAAGUUCACGGUGUCUACGACCCGUGGUGUGUGGUCCAUAUGCCUCAGCAAAGGGAUGUACUACGCCUUAACCCCCGAGCGUACAGAGCUACAGGUGCAGCCGCGUCCCAAAAGGAUCCGCAUCAGGUUAAACGUGGAUAAGGGAGAAGUGUCGUUUUGGGAUGGGGAAAACGAAAAACAUCUCAUCACUUUUACACACAAAUUUAGUGAGAAGAUGUUUCCUAUUUUUGGGCCCGGGCUCUGUAGUGAACCUAUGAUUCUGGUGCCAGGAAAAAUGGCUGUGCACACAUCAUGAUGGGCCAGCAGCGGAGUGGUGGUUGUGAACAUGGGAAUAUCCCUUUUAAAUAAUAAGCCUUUUAAAAACAGGAUAAACUUAGCAGCUCUUGUCCUCAUGUCGUCCUUCACAACAUCCACAAAAAUGUCUGUGGUCUUUUUCAUCCUUUCUCCAAUAUAAUCACUGUCCCUCUUCUGCACAUGGCCAAACCACCUCAGCCCGAGCUGUCCCUCCAAUAUGCUCCUUGUCAAUCCUCACGGUCCCGGUCACUCCCAAACAUAAUCUCAGUAUCUUCCGCUCUGCCUCCUCUCGCAAUUCAAUGUUAACAAUGUUGUUGACUUAAUUUGUUUUUCGCUGUCGUGUCUUUACUUCAUACAACCGCACAAAGCUAUGGCUUUAACUCUUAUUUAGAUGAUAUUAUUGAAAGUAAGAGAAGUUGAACACAAAGUAAGUAAACUUCAUGUUUUAUGUGCAAUCAUCUGAUAUGAAUUGUUUUGCACUACCGUGUUUUUAACAGUAGCCCACGAUGGACAAACUAAAUGAUGCUAACUGAAGUAGCAUCUCCAACACACUUGGAAUGAUGAGGUGAGGGAUAUUCAGCAGCAGCAGCAACCUUUAAAAAUCCUCAAUAACUACAACUGUAGCACUACAUGUGUUUCAGAGUCUCACAGUAAUGUAUCUUGAAAACAUACAUACAGGAGUCAUAUUUCAAUAUUGAAUGACAUUGGUGCUUUUCACUGCUUUUCGAUGCUUUUGUUGCUUAUCUCCAAACAGACUCAUUGGUUGUAUAAUAAUUGCGAUAGAUUAUUGCUCGUCCCUCACCACAGUGCAUGUGUAAGUGCGUCCAGGAUGUUGUCAUUUUCAGCAGGGCACAACUCCACUUUGAAGGAUGACAUCCUUAUUAUGAACUGCUUUUAAUCACGAAACUUAACAUACUUAACACACUUCAUUAAAAAUGAAAGAAAUAUGUGUUGUGUCAUUUAUAAGACCCACAUAAAAAAGACAAGCCACACCUGUUUUGUGUGAGUGGGAAAUUUCAAUUUCACUGCCAUCUACAGCCUCGUGUUCACGACUAACUGCCUCUCUUCUAUGAGUUUGUAAUUCCCAUCUUUUACAUUUGUCUUUUUUAUAUUCUUUCCUCUUCCAGGAUGGGUUACUGAACAGGCCCAGGGGCCCAAGGGCUAAGGGGUUCCUGAGGCCCAAACCUCUGUGCUUCUAUCCCAAUAUUUUAAUGAGACCCAAGGGUUAUCUUAAUAGGGCCCCUCAAUCAUAUACCAUGGUUUAUGUUGUUCACCCCUUAUUUCUGACAGGGGCCCCUCAGCCAAAUAACAUUGGUUAUUAUGUUAUUAUGGCUAUGUUAUGUUUGACGUCUUGAUGUGGCCCUGGCUAAUAAUAAUCAUUAUUAUUAUUAUUAUUAUUAUUAGCCAGGUGUUGCCUGACAAAGAGCAUAUUUGGCUUAUGCUGAGACUUAACAGGGAGAAUUUGUGAGAUUCCUAAUAUGACAACCAAAUAUUUUUUUUACUGAUGACUUAUGCAGUUCACUUAUACAGUGCAUCAGUGUGCAGCACAUCUUCUAUCGCACAUUUUUCAUACCAACGUGCAACGGAAUGUCUGAAUGUCUUUCAGUUGACAGGCGUCUUGCAAUAUCACUGUUGACCACUUCCAAACAAUGGAGAAGUUGCCAAGUAUUCUGAGUGAAUUUUGAUAUGAAAAUAGUAAUCUAUCUCUCAUAGUACAUAUUUAACACGUCAAUGUCAUGAGAAUUAGAAGUGCCCAAGUCAUUUGACUCUCUAAUAGCUUCGUUGUAAAUAUUUAAUUGUUUAAAUUGUUUUUUAGUAGUAUUAGUCCAUUAAAUUGUGCUGAUUGAA